UCAACAAAUGUAGGGAGAAAUACGCAAAUAGGGAUAGUUUUGGGGCUUCUCUGGAAAUUAAACAAAGUUUGCUCACUGCGACGAAGAUUUGACAAAAUUUACGAAAAUCACUCUGCCCCAAUAAUUCUCCCCAAAAUCGGUCUCGCCGAUUCGAAUUCCUUCAACCCAGAGCAUUUGUCGGCAGAUGAGAGUGGAAUUAAUGGCGGCGGAGAGCAGUAGUAGUCGGGGGAAGAAGGAGGCGGCGGCGGCAUUACCGAAUUCCCCUCGUCAAAACGACGACGUCGAAGAUCCCGUCAAAUCCCCUCCUCAUUCGCCCAACAAUUCCUCCGGCCGCAAGGCUUGCUAUGCUGUUCUCCAGAGUUGGUUUUCGAAGAAGUUCAUGACUGGAUGUGUGGUUCUAUUUCCAGUUGCUGUUACAUUCUUCAUCACUUGGUGGUUUAUUCAGUUUGUUGAUGGUUUCUUCAGUCCUAUAUAUGAAAGACUUGGGAUCGACAUAUUUGGCCUAGGAUUUAUUACAUCGCUGAUCUUUAUUUUCUUUGUUGGUAUAUUUGCUUCAUCAUGGAUGGGUGCUACGGUUUUCUUGAUAGGAGAAUGGUUUAUAAAGCGGAUGCCCUUUGUUAAACAUAUAUACUCGGCAUCCAAGCAAAUUAGUUCUGCAAUAUCUCCAGACCAGAAUACAACUGCUUUCAAGGAGGUUGCUAUUAUACGUCAUCCUCGUAUUGGAGAAUAUGCUAUCGGCUUUAUUACAUCAUCUGUUGUUCUUCAGAAGGAUGAUGGUGACGAAGAGCUAUGCUCUGUUUAUGUGCCAACGAAUCAUUUAUACAUCGGGGACAUAUUUCUGGUCAACUCUAAAGAAAUUAUCCGACCAAAUUUGUCUAUUCGAGAAGGCAUAGAGAUAAUUGUUUCGGUGGGUAUGUCAAUGCCUCAGGUGAUUUCUCCAGUAGAGAGUUUUACUCGUCUGAAUGACCGGAUUCCUCAGGGUAGAAUUAUAAUAUAAUAUAGCAAGAAAAUGUUUAAUUUGAAUUUAGUACUUAACUGGAUUCUUGUUCGUAACUUUCUUGCUUCAGAAAUUCGAGAUUUUUCUCACGAGUUGGUAAAUAUCUAGGCCAAGUGAGUUUAGUUGGUACAUCCAAUGUAUGAAUGAAUUCACCUACUCUGACUUGUAUUCUUUAGUUUGUACAAACGAACUCGCAUGUUAAAUUCGUUUC